UAAGGGGGACGCGGCGCUGAGGUUUCCGCACAGGACAAAAUGUCUGCGAGGAUCCUGGAGGGGAUCGGCGAUCCCAGACACCCAGCCCACCUCCCGCUUCGGGGGUGAGGGGGUGAGUGUGGGCUGCGAGACUCGCGGCGGCGCGUGCCCACGGGAGACUGGGGAGUCCCGGGGGACAGCACUGCUGAUGGUUCUUGAGAACUCAGAAGCCACACUGCAGUGUUUCCACCUGAGAACCCGGGCUGGCUAGAAACCCUGAGGCAAUGAUAGAGACAGCCCACCGCCUGAUUUGAAGGCGCUGCCUAGAGAAUGAGGAGCGACGAGCCGGCCGUGACCAUGGAAGAGACGGGCGGGCCGGACGCGGCUGCGGGCCGCCUGGGGGCGCCGUACUCCGAGGCCUGGGGGUACUUCCACCUGGCGCCGGCGCGCCCCGGCCACGCGUCGGGCCCCUGGGCCACCUGCCGGCUGUGCGGGGAGCAGGUGGGCCGCGGCCCGGGCUGGCACGCGGGCACCCCGGCGCUGUGGAAGCACUUGAGGAGCGCGCACCGGCGGGAGCUGGCGGAGAGCAGCGCCCGCCACUCGCCGCCCGCCGCCUCCGGCCCCGCCGCGGCCGCCGAGGGCGACUGGGCGCGCCUGCUGGAGCAGAUGGGCGCGCUGGCCGUGCGCGGCAGCCUGCGGGAGCGCGAGCUGGCGCGGCGCGAGGCGGCCGUGGAGCAGGGCGAGCGCGCCCUGGAGCGCAGGCGGCGGGCGUUGCAGGAGGAGGAGCGCGCGGCGGCCCAGGCGCGCCGGGAGCUGCAGGCCGAGAGGGAGGCGCUGCAGGCGCGGCUGCGGGAAGUGAGCCGCCGGGAGGGCGCCUUGGCCUUGGGAUCGGCCCUGCUGCACGCUCCGCUCAAAGAGGAGCCCGAGGGGGACCCCAGGGACGGCUACGUCAUCACGAAAGUCUUCCUGUAGGUUUUAGCCGCUCCCGUCCCCCAACCCCCGGCCAGCGCUACUCAAAAAGUGAGGCCCGCGGACCGGCGUCUUCAGCCUCGCCUGGGAGCGAGAUCUCAGGCCUGUUGCCGCUCUGCCUAAUCGAAAUCGCCAAACGUGGGGUCCUGAGAAGCACUUCGGAGGCCCGGCAGAACCAAAAAUCACUCCGUGGUCCUCCGGGGUGCCUGGGAGCGCAAGCUCCAGCGGCCUCCAAUGCUGGUGGCGUUUAGUGGCAUCCGUGCAGGGGGUGGUUUUCCUCUGACUGACUUUGGAAUGAGAGCUCCAACAGCCCUGUGAACCUAGAUCACCUGGAGCCAUGGCCAUUUUGUGUCUGGUGACUUUGAAAGGACAGGAGCUUCCUUACACACCAAAGACUAUCACACCAUGUGCCUGUACACCAGCCAGGGCAACCCAGGGUAGAGGGUGCAUGGAAAUGAGGAUAAAGCAUUUUUAUCCAAAAAAGAGUUUUUCCUCAUUUCCUAAUGAGUGAAUCUUUGAUGAGUAGUCUUUGCCCAGCACCAAGUUCUGAACGGGAGACCGUUUACGUUUCCAAGACUGCUCAUUACCCUGUCAUUUCUAGCGCCUUAGGGAGGCAGUGCUGGAGAAGCCCUCUUUUCGCUGCCCUCUCCAGCUUGCCCGGCAGUACCAAGCGCCCUGUCUUACCUCCGCCCUCUUUCUUCCCCCGUUUCAGACCCAGUGGCAGCUGUGCUGUUUCCCCACUUAACUGCCUCACACCUGCCGCCUGACUAGCAAGACAUGACCCCAUCCCUCCUUGUUGUUAGGAAGGGAGCUUCUGCCCCCCGCAUCUCCACAGUCCUCACUCCUGGGCCGAGGGGAAGGCACCCUCCCAUCUGAGGCCACCUCCUCCUCUCAUGUUUUCAUCCAUUCCUCUUCCACCUUUCCUGGGCCCUUCCUCCACUAUGUUACCUCUUUUCCUCUGUCUCAUUCCCUCCCUUUCUUCAGAGUCUUCCUCUUUAGCAAUGCCCCAGUCUUCCUUGGACUGAAAAGAAAGACUCCCCCAGCCCGGAUGCUCCCAGCUGAGCCCCCUCUAAGCAAGGAGUGUCGAGCAGUCCUUGCUGCUUAUAUUUGCUCCCCAUUCCUUACUCCUUCGCUCGUGGUCAGCUUUGCAUGCUACACUGGACUCUUAAGAAGCCGCUACAGUCUCACAAUGGCUGAAUAUGAUGAUUUAUUUUCAGCCUUCAUCUUGCUUAAUCUGUCCCUUCUUGACAUUUUUCCUUUGGUAGAUGGAACUUGCUUUUCCUCCAGAGAAUUCCUUUUCCUGAUGUAGACUGGUUUCCAAACAGUUUUUCUUCAGGUCUCUUUUUUCCUCAUUUUUCUGAGAAUUUGAAAAUGUUCAAGCAUCCAGAAAAAGUUGAAAAGCUAGUACAAUGAAUACCCACAUAUACCCUCCACCUAAACAGUUGUUAACAUUUUUGCCAUAUUUAUUUUUCUUCCCUCCACCCCAAACAUGCAUGGCAUUUCAUCCCUAAAGUAUUUCAGCAUGUUUAUCCCAAUAGCCUCUAAGAUAGAGUCCUUAAUUGAAAUUCCCUAAUUGUCCCAAGAGUGUCUUUUUCUCUUUUCUAAAAAACAGGGCCCAGUUAAGAUUCAUAUAUUACUUUUGAUUAUAACUCUAGUCUCUUUUAGUCUAGAACAGCCCCCUUACUAUUUUUUUUCCAUGACAUUUACUUUUUAAAAAGUCCCAGCCAUCUUAUGUAUGUCUUAUAGACGUCCUGUAUUCUGGAUUUAUCUGAUUGUUUCCUUAGGCCAAUUUAUGUACCCAAUCUUGGUUCAUCUACCCGUAGAGGUACAAUAAUCACCUCUGUGCCAGCGACUCCUGACUACCUCCAGCCUUGAGUGUUCUUCCGGGUCUGUCCUUCAUGGCCAGUCCCCUGCAGCAUGUCUCCACCUCUACUUGCAUAUCUUGCCACAGGAGAUGGUAGGGGUAAUUCUAUUCAACUCUGCAUCUCCACCCCUGACCCAAUAACUAAUAACCACUGGGCUCUUAAAAUGUAUCAGGUACAUUUACAUGUAUCAUCUCACUUUAUUUCCACAGCAGCUCCUUGGGGGGUGGGUAUUAAUACUAUGCCCAUUUUACAGCUAAGGAAACUGAGAGAGGGGUUAAGUGGCUUGUACGAGAUUACAGCUAGUAAGUAGUUGAGUCGGGUUCCAAAUCCAGUCUCUACCUGCAGAUGCCAUGCUCCCAGCUGCCGUACUGUUGGCCUUGUUACUCAGUCACCGGAGCUGACACCUGUUUCAUUCCUAACUCCAACUCCAGGUAGUACCAUCAGUGACAUUAACAUGUACUGAGCACUCACCAUGCCAGAGCUGUGCUAAAAUGCUUCACAAGAAUAACUGCCUACUAUGCAGCAACCCCAUGAUAUAAUUACUCUUACACCCAUUUUGUAGAGGAGAAGAGACAGGCUCAGGGGAACUAAGUAAUGUCACCGCAGAGUGGGAUAUGAGCACCAUUCUCACUGAAUCCUAGGCCCCUGAUCUAUUGAGUCUAUUUCUACAAAGUGUCACAGCUGUCUUCCUUCUGAUGCCACCUGCUCAGCUCAGGCCCCAUUUAUUAUUCAUCUGGGAUUCAUCUUCCCAUCCUUGUGUUCCCACACUGUCCCCUACUUGGCCAAAGGAACUGUCCUAAGCUGACAUUGAUUACAUCACAUUUCCUGCUCAAAGGACCCCCAAGAUCACCCAUCAUCUACAAGCUCUAGCUUUGUGGCUUGACAUUCAAGUCUCCUCUACCGCUGUGCCAGUCUUAUCUGUCCCUUCCCCUACACAUGCUGUAUGCUUUGGCCAAAUUGGACUCCUUGUUCUUCUGACAUGCCCUGGUCUUGGCACCUCUGUGCCUCAGUUUGCCUUUCCUCCACUUAAAAAGCCCCUUCAAUUUCUAAGUAUGAAAAAUCCCGCCCAUUUUCUAAGACCUAGCUCAAAUGCAACUGCCUACAUGAAGCUUUCCUGGAUUCCUCAUCAUUCAGAGAUGAUUCUUUACUUCUCUGGACUCUCAGCAUUUUGUAUCUCAAAACCCUUAGAAAGGCCAUCUAGCGUGUGGCUCUGUGGGUUCCUGUCUUACCUCCCUUGCCUGAGCCCUUGGGAGUUAAGGAUGGAGUUCACUCAUCCUUCUACUCCCACAGUGACUUGCCUGUAACAGCUGCUCAAUAAAUAUUUGAGGCACUGAAUUCAAUGUCUAAGAUUUUCACAAGUCUUCUCAAAUUAUUAAUAUAAUUAUUCAUUUAUCUUUAAUCCUCUAAGUAGAAUUCCUAACAGAAAACAAUAGCCUAAAAGGAAGUAGCAGUAAAUUUUUAAAAGCUGUUUAGUCAAUAAAGAUUUAAUAAGUGUCAGUUAUUGGGCUGUUUGGCUUGAAUCCAAUCACCUAGUAUGUCAUUAUCAGGAACACUUUUCUUAAAAUUAUUUUCUUCACUACACAAUUAAUAAAAAUGCAAUGCCCCACUCUACGAAGAAAAGCUGAAAAAAAAUCCCCCGUAGUCCUGUCAGUCACCUUAGACUGCUAUUAACAUUUUAAUGUAUUUUAUUCUCUUGUCUCUUGCAAUUUUUGUAUUACUCUAAUAAUAGUAUGAUCUUUCUUUUAAGUAUUGAAAUUUAACUUCUUCAUGUGGAUUUAUAAGUUGGGCUAUAAGAUCUGAAUCUGGACUUUUUGGAAGGGAAAAAAAAAAAACUUCUACAAAUGUCACUCUCAGUUUCACCAAUUGUUAGAACCACUAAAAUAAGCAAAGAUUGACUUUCAGAAUCUUAACCGCUCCUUCAAAAUAGAUGGCUAAUGGGAGCACCAGUAGCCUGUUCAGGGGAUGGGGAAAGCAAUUAGCCUGACUGAUGACUUACCACUGGUUGUGGGAGUUAUACACUUUUUACACUUCUGCAUUGCUAUAACUUUUUUAUAUCAAGCAUAAAUUACCUUUAUAAUUAAAAAUAAAAUUACUUACCUCUUGCAAAUGGAAAA